CUCAACACUUUGGCCACUGUUCCCUGAUCUCCAGCGGUGAUUGGCUGACAACCAGGUGGGUGGAUUGAGAGAAAAACAAACAUUGCCACAGGCUCUGCCAGUCUGUGUCGUCCGUUUUGACUGCCGACAGUUCUCGCAAGGCUCGGGUCAGAUACCCUCUCCCCGCCAUUCAGCCCGAAUCCACUUUGCCGCUUCCGUUCUCCUCGCAGCCAUGAGGACCACUGCGCUGGCUGUUGUCAUAGUGAUGUUGUUCGGGAUGGUGGUGGACGCAGACGUGAAGCCUCAGAGAGAUUUCAACCUGCGGAUGUUUGCAGGGAGAUGGUACCGUGUGGGCCUGGCCUAUGACUCUGCCAGUUUUACCCCCUUCAGAGACAAAGUGAAGGCCUCCAUGGGCGUCAUUACCGCCAUGCCAAACGGCAACGUCAACCUCACCAUGUGGGACGCCACACCUUUAGGUUGUCAGAGGAAAGUGUACAACUAUGAGAAGACCAGCGUACCUGGACAGUUCACGUACUUCAGCACACGCCAUAACAUGGUGAAGGACAUCACAGUGGUGGACACAAACUACACUGAUUACGCCGUGGUUCUCAAACACAAGGUUUUUAACAGAGAGUACACGCAGGUGGCGCUUUACGGUCGCUCGCAAACAGUCCGGAAUGAUACGAUAAUGAAGUUCAAGGCCUUCGCCGUGUCCCGAGGUUUCCCCAGAGACUCAAUUCUGACUCCACCGCCAGCAGAAAAUUGCCCACCAUCAAGAUCUGGGCGUUAGGUUCCCGGAUGUACCUGAGAUGACGGCGGCAUGAGUAUCCUGACCUGCUGCUCUUUGUCUGCCGGUUCACUUUUUACUAGAAUAUACUCUGUAGAAUGUAUUACUCCCGAGAUCUCUCUCCGCUAACAAGGAUGAUGAAUAGCAAAUAUCGGUGAUGAAAUGCACUUGUCAUUCUCUCUUAUCUGGUGGCGUACAUUUUCACACUGUUACUUUAAUAAACAAUAUUUAUCUCCAGGCUAUUUAAUUAACAAAAUCCCUAAUCACCAACCUUUUUUUGUUUGUUUAAUAUUCUGAAUGUAAUCUGAGCGGACGUAGUCAAAUAAACCAUAUUAAUCUCCAGA